AUGGCCGCCCAACUGCGACCGCUCGUCGGUGACAUCCUGCGCCGUGCCCAUGCCAUGAGCUUCAGCACAAAGCCGCACAGUACGCCCAGCGGCGGCAAGCACUGGACGCCCAAGCCGCGCACCGACCUCUUCCCGAGCAAGCCGCACGUGAAGAAGCCGGCGACAAUGGCGCCCAAGGCCGGCGCCGCGUCGACCGACGCGUUCGUCAAGGAAAAGAAGCAGCGCCAGACGUGGGACAAGGAGCUCAAAAAGUGGGUCGCGUACGAGGAGCCCAAGCCGGUCGCGUCGCCAGCGCGCAUGCUGCGCACCGAGACAAAGCCGACGCCGAUCAAGAGCGGUGAACCGGGCCGCUUCCGCCUCUUUGGCAACACGGACCUCAAGGUCACCGUGCCCAAGCUACCGACGUCCAAGUUGCCGACGUCCAAGCUACCGACGUCCAAGCCGGUCGAGAAGCACGUGACGCGCAAGGACUGGCGCCACAACCCGCCGCACUCGCACAGCUUUCAGGACCCAAAGAAGAAGGCGCAUGCCCACACCGCUGCGCACAAAGCGCUGCAGUUUGAAAAGAGUCUUUUUGACUCGGAGUCGUCGCUCUUCCCCGACAUUGACUGGAAGUCGCGGCCUCGGAACGACCGCCGGCGCUUCCAGGAGCGUCAGAACUCGGCGCAGCGGUCGCGCAACUCCAAGAACAACCAGAUGCGCAAGCGUGAAAUGAUUGCCGAGCACCUGAAGGACCUCAAGGUCGAGAUUCCGACCACGAUCACAGUCUCGGACCUCGCCGAGCGCAUGUGCAUCAAGUCCUUCAAGCUCGUGCGCGUCCUCAAGAGCCUCGGCGAGCGCGUCAACGACGAUACGGAGAUUUCCGCCGAAGUCGCCGAGCUCGCGGUCGAAGAGAUGGGCAUGAUCCCGAUCCUCAUGCAGGGUUUCGUGGACUUGACGCGGACGCAGAUCCCAGACGACUGCAGCAGCUUUCCCGUGCGCCCGCCUGUGGUCUCGGUCAUGGGCCACGUUGACCACGGCAAAACAACGCUUCUGGACGCGCUGCGCAACACGACGACCAAGGAGCACGGCGGUAUCACGCAGAGUAUUGGCGCGUUCACGGUGCCAAUGGACGAGUCGCCGACGCCCAUCACGUUCUUCGACACGCCUGGCCAUGCCGCGUUUAGCAACAUGCGUGCGCAGGGCUGCCACCUCACGGACGUGCUCGUGGUCGUCGUCGCGGCCGACGACGGCAUUCGCCCGCAGACCAAAGAGGUGCUGGAGCUCGCGAAAGAGCACGAUUUGCCCAUGAUCAUUGCCAUCACCAAGUGCGACCGAUUCGAAGACCAGGAAGACGAAGUCAUCGAGCGCAUUACGCAAGAACUCGAGUUCAACGGCAUUGAAGCGCACGACACGCAGCUCGUGUGCGUCUCUGGCAAAACGGGCAAGGGUUUGGACGAACUCAAGCAGGCCAUUGUGCUCCAGGCGGAGCUCAUGGACCUCCGCGCCGACACGACCGCGCCGGGUGAAGGGGUUGUCGUCGAAGCCACGCUCGUGCGCGGGUGGGGCACCACGGUCGACAUGAUGGUGACGUGGGGUACCGUCUCGGUCGGCCAGUUUGUCGUCUGCGGCCUCGAGUACGGCAAGAUCAAGUCGCUCGUCGAUGAAAACGGCAAGCCCGUCAAAACCGCCUCACCGAGUAUGCCCGUGCGCAUGGUGGGUCUCAAAGAGCUGCCCAAGACAGGUGACUCGAUCCUACCGGUGGAGACGGAGGAGCGGGCCAAGGAGAUUGUCACGGAGCGCGCACGCAUCCAAGAGCAAGUGCGGCUCAAGGAGCUCGCGGCCAACAUGGCCGACGGCGAGAAGAAGGACCACGCGCGGCAGCUCGAGCUCCAGCGUCAAGAACGCGUCUCGGAGGAGAAGCGGCUCGAGAACCUUACGGUCGACGACGAGGGCUACGUCAAGAAGAUCAUUCCGAUGAUCCUCAAGACCAACUCGCUCGGGGUCAUUGACGCCAUCGAUCUCCUCGUCCAAGAGCUCAACGACGUCAACGACGAGUGCGAGCUCAAGCGCAUCCACGGCGGCGUCGGACCCGUCUCCACGUCCGAUAUCGACCUGGCCGCGCGGACCGGCGCGACCAUCUUUACCUUCAACACGCGCCAUCCGGGCUCGAUCGACAAGGAUGCGACGCGUCGAAAGAUUGAUAUUCGGUCGCACAACGUCGUGUACGCACUGGUCGAUGACAUUGAAGCGGUCGUGACCAAGGAGAUGACGCCGGUCGUCGCCGAAGAAGUCGUCGGCGCCGCCGAAGUGCUCCAAGUCAUCUCGAUCAACACGAAGGGCCGGGCCAAGGCGAAUGUCGCCGGCGUGCGCGUGACGGACGGCAACUUGUAUGCGGACUGCACCUUCCGCGUGCUGCGACAAGGCGAGGUCGUCAUGGACGGCGCGUCGCUUGAGAGCAUGCGGCAUUACCAGGAGAAGAUCUCGGAGAGUGCCAAGGGCCAAGAGUGCGGCCUCCAAUUCGAGGACGACGUGCCCUUCAAGCAAGGCGAUGUGCUGCAGGCGUACCGCCUCAACAAGGUCCCGCCGAAACUCCAGCGCCAGUAA